CGUCACUUGCAAUAAUCAAUCAAGAACUCUAGAGAAAAAAAAGCAAAACAUCUAGUGAAGCCAAAAGAACUGUAACAUACUCAACAUCAUGUUACUGAAUUAAAAAGAAAGACUAGGUCAAUUUAGAACACUCUAGGAUAUUAAGUAACAAUGUGCAUCAGAGAGAUUCCCAUUUAGACAUUAAUCAUCAUUCUCAUCUCCUAACAAAGGAGAUUCUGAUGUCCCUGUCUUUUCAUCGUCACUUGCACUAAACCAUUAAAACCUCUCCGCAAAGGAAACCAAAUCAAAACACAAGUUACACAAAGUAACUUCAAAAACAAUUCAAGCUCGAGAGCAAAUGCUAUACAUAAUCAGGAAAAUAGAUAUUAGAUGUGGUAGCCUCAGAUUCGAUUUCUUUUUCCUAGAGAUUAAUCUCUCAAAGUAUAUUUAACACCAUCACAGGCAUCAAGAAUAAUCAAAGACAGCACAAACAUAUAACACAACAGCCCUCAAAACAAAACAUUAUAAAAAACUUGUGUUCUAGAGAAGUAUUAUAUACAAGAAAAGAGGCGGUGUUAAAAUUAGGGCAGAGACAUGUUAAAAGGUAUUAAUGGGCUUUGACAUACUGUGGCCCAACUAGCAUGAAAUUUAAUUAAGACUUACCGGUUUAGGUCCACUUUGGAAAGCAAUUUGAUUAAACAAAACCGGUUCUCUCUCUCUCUCUACAGAGAGCACACAAUUCUGUUGGUGGACGUUCAAGUUUCCCGCGAAAUCCAAGCUUCUCCCUUCGUCUGCUUUUGUGAGCUUUCUCUCUGUUCCACCAUUAAACUUCCUUUUUUUCUCUUAUUCAACUUUUUUUCUUCUUCUUCUUUCUUGGGACAAUCUCUUUUAGUGCUUUUUUUUUUACAUUCGUCCUCCAGAGCUCUUUUUUUUUUCUCUGUCUCUGCUGCAAAAUACCCUUUUUAAAUCUUCCGUUACAGUGAAUUUUGUUCUCUAGAGAGAGAGAGACUCUAUGUCCAAGUUUAGACGUCUCCAUAUUCAAAGAUUUGGUUGUUUUCUUUCUUCUGCAUGAUCAUUUGCUAAAUAACUCAUUAAACGAGCAAGUUUUUUUGAAGCGUUGAGUCACAUAGAGAACAAAGAUGGGUAGGGUUAAGUUGAAGAUUAAACGGCUUGAGAGCACAGGCAAUAGGCAAGUUACAUACUCAAAGAGAAAAAGUGGGAUCUUGAAGAAAGCCAAAGAGUUAUCCAUUUUGUGUGACAUUGAUAUUGUCCUUCUUAUGUUUUCUCCUACCGGAAAGCCUACAGUUUUCCAUGGAGAACACAGUUGCAUUGAAGAGGUUAUUUCUAAGUUUGCACAAUUAACUCCACAAGAAAGGACAAAAAGGAAAUUGGAGAGCCUUGAAGCAUUGAAGAAGACUUUUAAGAAACUUGAUCAUGAUGUAAAUAUACACGAGUUUUUAGGAGCAAGGAAUCAAACUAUUGAGGGUCUAAGUAACCAAGUAGCCAUUUCCCAAGCUCAGCUUAUGGAGUGUCAUAGGAGGCUAAGUUGUUGGACGAACAUCGAUAGAAUAGAAAACACUGAGCACCUCAAUUUAUUGGAAGAAUCAUUGAGGAAAUCUAUUGAAAGAAUCCAGUUUCACAAGGAACAUUACGCAAAGAACCAACUUUUGCCAUUAGAUUGUACAACAACACAGUUUCACAGCGGGAUACAGUUGCCGUUGGCAAUGGAAGGUAACAACAGUAUGCAAGAAGCUCACUCGAUGUCUUGGCUUCCUAAUAACGAUAACCAGGAAACAAUAUUACCUGGUGAAUCCAGCUUUCUUCCUCAUAGAGAGAUGGAUGGUUUGAAUCCUGUUUAUUCAAACGGCUUCUUUGAGUCUGUAAAACAAGAAGAUCAGAUGUGUAGCAACCAAGGUCAGCAGUUUGAGCAGUUAGAACAACAACAAGGACACGGUUGUUUGGGCUUGCAACAAAUUGGGGAGGAGUUUUCAUAUCCUACACCAUUUGGUACUACUCUUGGAAUGGACGAAGAUCAAGAAAAGAAGAUAAAAUCUGAAAUGGAGUUGAACAACUUGCAACAAAAACAACAGCAGCAAGAUCCUUCAUCAAUGUAUGCUCCAACGGCUAAUAAUGGUGGCUGCUUUCAAAACCCUCAUGAUCAAUCCAUGUUUAGCACUGAUCAUCAUCAUCAUUACCAGCAUUAUCAGCAUCAUCAAAAUUGGGUUCCAGGUCCAGUGUUUGGUCAAGCAUCUUACAACCAGGUUUGUGUUCCAUUGGAACUAUCUAACUAUGUGAUCCACCAAACUAAAUAUGUCUCUGUAUAUUUGGUGAUUGCAGCAACCAAACUAAUUACUAAGGAGAGGGCCCAUCAUGUAUGUAACCUUAUACUAUGGAUGAUGACUUUACGUAUGAACAAGGACGAGUUUGAGCCAUUGUUGUAAUAUACAAUGUUAUAUAUAUAGAGGGACUGUGUAUGUGUGUUUGUAGUGUGAGAGCGUGUGUCAUAUAACUCAGAGGAGUUUUAGACAUUUUGUAUAUAAGAGAUCAUAUACUAUUUUGUAAGAAUGAUAAAAUAUUAUCAACAUGUAUAGUUUGUUUAUAGAUGUUGUUUAAGUGUUUGAGACAACAAAAGAUGGUAUCAUGAAUACACAACAUAAGUCCGAAUAACAAAAACGAAAGGAUCGAAUUAAAAAAUAUUAAACAAAGCUUCAUUACAACAAUAAGUAACUCUUAAGUCAAAUCUAUAAUCUUGUAGAAUUUUCUUGCAACGGAUGGAGUACUUAUAGUUCAUUGAUCUUCACAUUCACAUGGUAACUCGACACGACACAAUGGACAAACAGGAUUGGUGUCAACCCACUUUAUGAGACACUCAUCAUCAAGAUAAUUCGGAACAAGAUCCAGCCGAACUUUCAAAGCACAUCCAGGAGAAUACUCACUACUUGUGGGACAAGUUACUUCAUCAACAUACAAAAUUAGCUUCAUUAUCGCAUCACAGAUAAGAUCGUUGGUGAUUCCAGCUUCCAUCAAGAAGUAAUUCAAGUCCUCUUUGCUUUUGCACUCGUCGUUCUCAUCAUCUAUGAAGUCUUUGGCGAGCGAGAGAGUCGUGAAUGUCAAGUUUUUAUCUUCGCCAAAGAUCGUGGCUGUGACUCUGAUUGUGCCAGCAUCUUCUGGUUCAGGGCUGUUAUCGAUCUCGUGGGAGAAUUUGGCCGUCAUAACUAGUUACGCAAACACUCUCGGUUAAAUCGAAAAUAGGGUUCUACGCAAAUUUUUCUUGUUGUUUGUAGUUGCUCUCUCGAUGAUCUUGAUUUUGCCUUUGAGUGAGUUAUAUUUAUAACCUUUUUAGUCGGUGAUCUAAUUGUACUUUUAGUUGGGUAUUUACCUAAACAAUUUCCUUUUCUUUUUUUUUUAAGAAGAGAGUACAGUUUCCUUUUUUAGACGAGUCUAACAAUUUCCUUUUUUCUUACUUACAAUUUCCUUAUUUUCUUAAGAAUUUCUAUGUUUGACAACCACUAUCUAAGAACAUUUAAAUCGCUCAAGUAUAUCAAAUAGAUUUCUGAGCGUGGUUAAGAUAUAGAGUUCUAAGAUAUAUAUCCUCAAAUAUUAUUGAAUCUGUUUUUUUGACAAAAUUAGCAUAUAAUGAAAUUGUUUCUAAAAUAACACUUACUAAAAAUAAAAAUAAAUAAAUAUACAUUUCAUAUUUUAGUUUAAAUUUAUUGAUUAGUUUUUAGAGUUUAGUAUUUAAAGAGUGAGGUGACAUUGAGGUUAAGAAAUUAGAAUAAUUUAGAUUUUACUACGAAUUUGGAGAUUUCCUCAUUUAAUAAUCUCCUUUGAACCGACACUUCACAAUGAUUUAGAAUCAGUCGAAUGAUUCUUGAACCAGAGUCCAAUGCUAGACUGAACCGAGAGCAAAAAGAUUAACAUAAGAAUAAACUAUAUAUGAUUUUGCGCAAGUCGCAAAGCUUUAAACAAUAUCGCUACCUAGUUCUCAAUCUCAUUCACCAUUCAUCAAUUCAUAUGCCAACUCAAAACGACGCGAUGAACAAACAUGACUGAUUUCGACCAAACAAAAAGAACAAACAUGAUUGCUUACAAGCCUGUACACAACAUAGAUUCAUCGUCAAACUUAAGUCUAGAUGGUACAGUUAAACUCUUCCAAACAAAUCGUGCACUUAUUAGUCAAUCUAGUCUUGUUGUGUAUUUUACUGAUCAAAGAGAAGAUGAUGUCAUGCGGUUGACGUAGACAUGACAAGUCUUCUCUUUCUCUUAUGGUUAGCCUUGUAACAAGCUUGUCUCAAUCUCUUUGUCUUAUCCUCAUAUUCCAAAUCUGGAGACUCCUUCAUCCUUUUCUUCUCCUUCUUGAGCUUUUCCAAUUUUUUUCUUUGCUCAUCUGCGUUCCCUUCCCCUUUCUCCAACUUCUCCUGUUUCAGUUACAAAGGUAGUCACAUCAAAAUUCGUUCAUCUCCUAUAUUGGCUAAGUAGAAGGCUAAUAGUGGAAAUAUGUAGCUGGUUAGAUUCGAACCCUGACCUCGACCCACUUUAACUCAACCAUUGAACUAUCACUACUUGGUUACAACAUCAAAAGUUCACUAAAUCACAAAACUUAAAAUAUGAAGAGAAAAAACAAAAAACCAUACAAUAUAUGAUUCCUACUUAAUCCCUAGAGAGCUUUGUGUUGGUUUUUGAAAAAAAAUCUUUAGGAAUUUCACAAGUUACAACUUAAUCGUAGUAUAAGUAUGGGAUAGUUCAUAUAUAUACCUUGACAUUCUCGAUGAGAUUAUCUAGGCUCAUGAACUUACGAUGAGGCCAACGCUGAAUACCCAAGUCACGACAUUUCUUCUUCAAAAGAGUUAAACCAAUGUUAAGCUCCUUAGCCGCUUGAGCUAUUGGCAUGUCAUAGUACAAUGAGAUGGUUUCCUUCGACAAUGGCUUUGCAACAUAGCUACUAUAAGCACAUUCUUCUCUGACUCUUUUCUUGACAGUUUCAGUCUUUUUCACCAAAUCAAAAUCUUCUCUUUGAUGUUCAUCAAACAUCGACUCUUUUUCAGUCCAUGAAACAGAACCGUACUCGUUAAGUAAAUCUGUAUAAGCAAAAAGAUAAGAGUUAGAAAUUCUUACAGAACACAUGAGAGUCUAAAUACAAUAUAGUGCAUGUGUGUAUAUAAUUAUACGUAGUUACGUACCUUCAUGAGAGACGAUGGAGAUGGGUUCAAGAUCAGGUAAAGCCAGAAAGUUUGAGGCAGAUGGAAGAUAAUAAUCAUAGUUGCCAGAGGAAAUAAUUUCAUCUUCCAAUCCAAAGAAAUUAUUGGUGAACUCGCUGCAUUAACGAGCACACAACAUUAAGUUAUGGAUCAAUAAAAAAAGAAGUAUAAACAUGUAAAAAGAGGGCUCGUGAUCAAUAUUUUUACCUUUGAUAAGAGAAAUACUCUAGAAACGAGAAUGGCUUAUCUUCUUUGUCAAAUACCUUAUCACACUCCAAACUGCUAAACGAGUUCAUCAUCAUUAAUAUGAUCACUAAUCAGAUAAAGAAAGAAAGAGGUGUAGAUAAAAAUAUACUGGUAGAUAUGGAAAGAGAAGGUAUACAAGUGAAGUUAUAGAACUCUACGGGAAAAGUAGGCAUUGACGGCUAAUUGAUUGCCCUGUAAAGUUUGGAGUUACGAGAGAUGUAGAAAUGAUUAAUGCUAAUUAAUGCCAAGAAGUGGGACGUUUUUAAGAUUAAUUCAUAAAAAUAGAAUUAUCUUUUUAAAAUCUCUGCAUGCUGCUGCAUGCAUAUGAUUAUGAGUUGAUAAGAUCUCUUCUCCUCUUUCUCACGUUCCAAAAAUAUUGUUUAAAAAUAUACAGUAUAAAUAUUUAAAUCAAUUUACACACAUAAGUUAUGGCUCCGAAUGGUAACAGCGGUUUGAGCGGUGCGGGACAAGCGGAUUGGAUACUGCGGUGCGGUUUAGCUGCGGUUUGUAUAAGAGAAACGCAUGCUGCGGAACAACUGCGGUUCGUCUAAAAAAACGGUUCAAAACAAAGUAUGAAUGGUGACAUAUACCAUAAAUAGUACAAUUGCGGGAUACAUAUGAUAUAUUUAUAUUUUACAAAUUAAAAAUCAGCGAUACUAGUAUAAUUAUUAAAAUAUAAAUUUUCUUUUAAAAAUUAUUUUAUAUAUCUCAUAUACAUAAUUUAAUAUGCUAUAAAUGAGAUUUAUAGGCAAUUAUUUUAUGUUUAAAAAAUAAUAAUUGUGCUAGUUGUCUUUAAACAAAAUUAAAUUAAAAUAUCCAAAAAUAUUCAAUUAAUUUAUAAUAAAUUAUAAAUUUAGAUACCAGUGAUACUAGUAUAAACAACUGUUAUUUAAUUUAUAAAAAUCUUUAUAUAUCUGAAAAACUGUACAAAUCAUAUCCACAUAUUUCUUCAUCUAAAAUAUUGUAUUUCAAAUUUCAAAAUUAUAGCUAGUCACUGGCACAUUUAUCUGAAACAAAAUCAAACCAAACCAAAAAACGAAAUUUGGUU